AUGACUGACACUAGACGAAGGGUGAAGCUGUAUGCUCUGAACGCUGACCGGCAGUGGGACGAUAGAGGGACAGGCCAUGUAUCCUCAUGUUACGUUGAUAGGCUAAAAGGUACUUCUUUAUUGGUGAGAGCAGAAUCCGAUGGAACAUUAUUAUUAGAAAGUAAGAUACAACCAGAUACAGCGUAUCAAAAACAACAAGAUACUUUAAUAGUAUGGUCAGAAGGUGAUAACUUUGAUUUAGCUUUAAGUUUUCAAGAGAAAGCUGGAUGUGAUGAAAUAUGGGAGAAAAUUUGUCAGGUACAAGGCAAAGAUCCUUCUGUUGAAAUAACACAAGAUAUAGUAGAAGAAUCUGAAGAUGAGAGGUAUGAUGAAAUGUCUGAUAGUGUACAACCAGUAGAAUUACCAGCCUGUGAAAUGGGUCGCUUGGAAGAUAUCAGUGAAUUGGUUAACAGUUGUUUGGUCUCUCCAACGAGAAAGGACAAGCUAGCAGCAGCUUUAGAGACCCAGCACUAUAUUAAAAAACUUCUCAAUCUCUUUCACAUGUGUGAAGAUAUAGAGAAUAUUGAAGGCUUGCACCAUCUCUAUGAGAUCUUCAAAAGCAUUUUUCUUCUCAAUAAAAACACACUAUUUGAAACAAUGUUUGCAGAUGACACAAUAUUUGAUGUUGUUGGAUGUCUAGAAUAUGAUCCCAGUUUACCCCAGCCUAAGAAACAUAGAGAAUAUUUAAGAGAGCUUGCUAAAUUUCGAGAAGCCAUUCCCAUUAAAAAUAAGGAUUUACUAGCUAAAAUACAUCAAACAUACAGAGUACAGUACAUACAAGAUAUUGUCUUACCGACUCCAACAGUUUUUGAAGAUAAUCUGUUAAGCACAUUGUCCAGUUUUAUAUUUUUUAAUAAAGUAGAAAUAGUGAAGCUAAUAGAAGAAGAUGAGAGGUUUUUAACAGAUUUAUUUAAGUUACUUAUGGACAGUAAGACUCCUGAUGUCAAAAGGCGAGAAUUAGUUUUAUUCCUAAAGGAGUUUUGUAAUUUUUCUCAAAAUCUUCAGCCGCAAGAUAAAGAUGCCUUCUAUAAGACACUUGUGUCGUUGGGGAUCCUACCUGCUUUAGAAAUAACACUAAGUAUAGAUGAUCAGAAGACGAAGACUGCAUCUAUAGAUAUUUUGACUUAUAUAGUUGAGUUUUCACCUUCAGUGGUGAGGGAUUACACAUUACAACAAGCUAACAACACUGAAGAGGAACAAAUGCUUUUAAACAUUGUGAUAGAACAAAUGCUUCGAGAUAGAGAUCCCGAGUUGGGUGGGGCCGUCCAACUUAUGGGUGUUCUACGUAUACUUCUCGAUCCCGAGAGUAUGCUGGCAUCUGUGAAUAAAAGUGAAAAGGCAGACUUCUUAAAUUUUUUCUAUAAGCACAGUAUACAAACAUUAAUAGCACCCUUACUAGACAACACAACGGGAGAGACACCUCUAAAAGAAGAUUACCACACAGUGCAGUUACUCGGUUUAGUGCUGGAACUACUUUCCUUCUGUGUCGAACAUCAUACAUACCACAUCAAGACCUGUAUAUUAAAUAAAGAUCUGCUCCGUCGUAUUUUGGUACUGAUGAGAUCGACGCACACGUUUCUCGUCCUCGGCGCUCUGCGGUUUAUGAGGAAAAUUAUCGCGUUGAAGGACGAAUACUAUAAUCGUUAUAUUAUUAAGGGAAAUCUCUUUGCACCAGUGAUAGAUGCGUUCCUUAGGAAUAAUGGAAGGUAUAAUUUAUUAGACUCGGCUAUAUUAGAAUUAUUUGAGUUUAUCAAACUCGAGGACAUCAAGUCGUUAUGUUCGCACGUCGUAGAGAACUACGGCAAGAUAUUAGAAGACGUGGAGUACGUACAAACGUUCAAGGCCUUGAGGACGCGCUACGACCAGCAUCAGGAUAAGCUUAAGGAGAGAGAUAGAGUAAGUGGUAGCGUAGGAGUAUCAGAAGCAGUGGUUCCAUCACUACUCCGGUCUCGGUACCGACGCGAAGCGCGGCAGCCUGAUGACGAAGAGGAGAUGUGGUUCAAUGACGAGGACGAGCUGGAAGAUGAAGCGCCUCUCGAUACAGCGCAGACGCACGCGCAUCACGCGUUGGAUGCCAUCGGCAAGAUAGUGGAGAAGAAAGUGUCCCCCAGUGUGACCACAGAGGUCGCGAACGGGCCAAGUCGGGUGCUGAGUGCGUCGCCGAAGCCGCAAACAGACGUACAGGUAUCGCCCACAUUACUCAGUAAGGGUUUGGUGGAUUACGACGGAGAUUCCGACGAAGAGGAGGAAAGUGGGACGAGCGGUACGAGUGGAACGAGUGGAACGAAUGAGGAGCGGGAGGCGAAACGGCCCAGACUCGCGUAG